AUGAUGGGGUAUUUGGGGUGGGGGGUUUUGGGUGGUGGAGAUGUGUGGUUUGGGGGGUUAGGUGAGGGAAGAUAUGGGGGUGGGAUUGGGGGGUGUUGUUGGUUGGGUUGGGGGGGGGUUGGGGGGGGUGUUUGGGGAGGAGGGUGUUGGGGUAAUGGGAUUUUGUGGGUGGGGGUGGAUUUUGGGGGGUUGGUGGGGUAUGGGGAGGGUUGUGGGGGGGUGGGGGUAGAUUGGGGAGGGUGUUAUUGUGGGGGGUGGUGGUUUGGGGGGUGGUUUGGGGGUGGGGGGGUGGGGUUUUUUGUUGGUAGUGGGUUUGGGGUUGGUGUGGUGUGUUGGUGGUUGGGGGGGGUGGGGGGUGGGUUGGGGUGGGGGGGGGGUGGGGGGGGGUGGGGGGGUGUGGGGGGGUGGGGGUUGUGGGGGUGUGGGUUUGUGGGGUUUGUAGGGUUGGUGUUUGUGGUGGUGGGGGGGUGGGGGGGGGUGUGGGUGGUUGGGGGGGGUGUUUGUUGUUGUGUUUUUUGUUGGGUUGGGGUGGAGGUGGGGUUGUUGUGUUGGUGGGGGGGGGUGGUGUGUGUUGGUGGGGGGGGGGGUUGUUGUGGGUGUUGGGGUGUGGGGGGUUGUGGGGGGGUGUGGUGGGGGUUUGUUUGUUUUUGGGUGUGUUGGUUUUUUGGUGGGGUGUUUGGGUUGGUUGGUUUUUUUGUUGGGUUGUGGGUUUGUUGUUGGGGUAGGAAGAUGAGGUUGAGAAUAUUUUGGGGAAUUUGGUUUGUUGAGGUGGUUGGUGGUGGUUUGGGUUGUGGGUGUGUUUUUGUGUUGUUUGUUGGGGAGUGGUGGGGGGUUGGUGGGGUUGUGUUUGGUGGUGAUGGUGAGAUUGUGGUUUGGUGUGGUUAUGUAGUGUGUGUGAAAGAAGUGGUGGUUUAUGGGGUGGGGUGUUGUGGUGGUGGGGGUUGGGGUUGGGUUGUGUGGUUGUGUGGGGGUGGGUGGGGGGUGGUUGUUUGGGGUGGGGGUGGGUUUUUGGUUUGGUUGGUUUUGGUGGGAGGGUUUUGGGGGGUGGGUGGGUGGGGGGGUGUGGUUUUUGUGGUGGGGGGUGUGGGUUUAUUGUUUUUGUUGGGGGGGGGGUGUGUUUUUUUGUUUUGUUGUGUUGUUGGUGGGUGGUGUGGGUGUUUUUUGUGGGGUGGGGUGGGUAGGGUGGUUGGUGUGGUGUUUGUGGUGUGUGGGGGUGUGGGGGGGUGUGGGGUUGGGGUGGGUGUUGUGGUGGGGGGGGGGGGUGGGGGGUGGGUGGUGGUGGGGGUUUUGUUGGGUGGGGUGGUUUGGGGGGGUGGGUGGUGUGGGGUGUUGUGGGGGGGGUGGUGGUGGUGGGUGUGGGGGUGGUUGUUGUGGUGUGGUGGGGGGGGGGGGGUGGGGGUGGAGGGUGUGGUGUUGGGGGGGGGGGUGUGGGUGGGGGGGGGGGGGGUGGUGGGUGGGGGGGGGUUGGGUUGGGUUGUUGGGGGGUGGGGGGGGGGGGGUAGGGGGGUGGUGGGUGUGUUGGUGUGUGUUGGGGGGGGGUUUGGGGGGUGGGUGUUGGGUGGGGGUGUGGUGGGUGGGGGGUGUUGUUUGGUGUGUUGGGGUGUGGGUGUGUUUGUGGGUGGUGGUGGUUGA